AUGGACGCAUCCAGUACGCUCCCCUCCGCCUCUGUCGCUGCCUCGAGCCUUGUGUCCUCGCCAUUUGUGCCCUGCAUCGAGGACUCGGCGCACACGCGGAGAGUCGGUCGCCACCCGGUGCUGUUCCAGCGCACCCUCGACGCUGUCAGCUACCGCUACCUCACUGCAUCCUCUCGACUGGCCCGCACGGUUGCGUCCAGCAGCAGCGACAAAAAUGUGGGCUCUGUGGCGUUGCAGGCAACGGCCACCGCCAACGCUGCACACGCAGCCUACGUGACGACGCUCACGGAAAACUAUCAGCAGCUGUGGCAGCAACGCGGGUUGGUGCCCAAGGCGGCUCGACGAGAGUGGUUUGAAACGGUGGUGGUGCAUCUCAAGGCACUGAAUGCAUUGGGGGCUACUCUUGCCUGGCUGACGGACGCGCCCGCGACCGUCGCGUCUGCCGCGCUCUCCGACCAUGAUGAUGGCGACAGAAAGCAGCAAAAAUCGAGGAAGCUUGCCCACGAUCCACUCCCACUGUGGUGCCUCUGGCAGGACGCUCAGCGUCACCUGCACCACAUGUCACUGCGUCUCCGCCCACGGCCCCCGGCCGCCGGUGUCGCGUACGGGACGCGUGAGGCGAUGCGGAUGUCGGACCUGGCGCGCAUGGACAGCGCCGCCUUCGCCUGGCGGGUGCGCCAGUGGUGUUGCGUGGCUGCGCUUUUCCGCCGCCCCGGUGGCGCCGAUACGGGGGCGGCAUCAUCACUGGUAGGCGUUGCGGAGGCGGUUCAUCCCGGCAUGCUCGCAGAUGUGGUAUGCCGUGUGGGUCCCGGCGGCAGCAGCUCAAUGUCAGCCGCAUCGCCGUUUCCAGACUCGUUUUCGGCGGAAGAGCCGGAGGUGGCGCGCAUGCUGCGCCUCUGCCUCGGCCCCACCUCCGAGACCGCUGCCGAGAACUGUUUGGCCCGCCAGUACGUGGCCGGGGCUUUGGUGUAUCGCAUGUUGCUUGAGGUGACGCUAGGCCGCCUUCGUGCGCUGCCGCGGUGCAUCUUCACCUGGCGUCUCUUGCGGGAUGUUGUCCGUGACCAUCUCGUAACGUCGGCGGCUGGCUUCCAUGAUACCGGCAACGAGCAAAUGGCAGUGCUGCUGGAGAUGGCAGCCUAUGUGGAGGUGGUGGUCAUCCCGUACCUCCAGCACCGUGACUGCCACCUGGCAAGUCUGCGGCACACUGCAGCGCAGGUGCAUGCUCAGUUCACGCGUCUCGCCUCUGCCAAACUCGAGCAGCUCCGCGCAGCCGUCGCGCGUGCCGGUGCGGGGGACGGCGACGAGAUGAGAACGGUCGCGGAGUCAGAAGCAGGGACACCAGACGCGGUAGUGGAUGAUGUGAAUGCGGCAACAGCCCCGGCGGCUGAGGCUAACGCGGAGGUCAACAAGGAGGAGCAGGGUCGCCUCCCUGAAGCGCAGCGCCAUCGCAUGACGGCAUCGAUGGAGCCCCUCCUCCGUCGCGCGUGCGCGGGCGGUGCCCCGGCGUUCGCGGAGACGAUAGCGCUGCCGCUUCCCACUUCUCACACAGCAAGCGAGUCGGCGGUGCAGGGCGCGAAGGACGUGAUUGCCAGUAUUAUUCUCGGAAACACGGUCACCUCGGACAGAGCUAAGCGUGAUGAGGCUGGUGGUGGACACCAGGGCGACGUGCCCCCGGCGCCGUCGGGGUCGUGGGAGGACGCGCUGUUAUCGAUGCGGCAUGACUUUCACGGGAAGCGCGUGGAUGAUAGUGUCCUGCACUCCUCCGCGGCGCGGAUUUCUCAGCUGCGGUUCUUCCUGUACCACUACUUCACCCAGAGUCCGACGCUGGCUUUCGAUCGCGUCUCCGAUACCGCCGCUGCCCCUGCACAUGCGGACGCUGGAAAGGAAGGAGAGGCUUACUAA